AUGAACGUUUUCACAACUCACAAAGGUGUGCCAAAUGUGCUGGUGUUUCCCAGUGCUUCCCCUUAUGGCCACUGUCAGGCUUUUUAUGAAGAACUGCUUGAAGAUGACUUUCGCCAGAAACGGUUUUUGGACUUAGCCAAAAUGGAGGGCAUAGCGACAGCAAAAGUGAAAAAAUAUCUGGAUGAUGGCAAGGUGCCAAACAGUGUGGACUUCUCAUUCCUCGACAUUGGGAAGAAAGGGCUGACUGAAGAGUGCGUUCAGAGCGAACAAAACACGAGUUUUGCCCUUCGUUGGCUGCCGAGCUUUGCUUUAGACCCACCAACCCAACAAGAAUGCAAGGAUGUGCUCAUGGAUGUGGGACAUCGCUACAAACUUGCGGAGGCAAAUACCCUGGAGGACUGGGCUUUGGACGAAGGCAACCUACACCGGGCAUUGUCUAGUAAGAUCCUGGCAAAGAAGAAGGAACAAGAAAAAAAUCUGGACGCCGAGACUGCCGAAGUUGACCAACAUGAAAGCGCAGAGGACGAGGAAGUGGAGGAAGUCUUGAUUGAGGAGGAGGAAGAAGAAGAGGCCUUCUCAAAUGAUGAGAUUGUAGAACUCACAGGCCUACCUGACCACCCGAAGACUGAUGACAAAGAUGAGGCCAAGCAAGGCAAGAAGGAAGAUGCAAAGAAGGUUGAAGCUUCGAGGAUUGACAACGAAGAAAAGAAGACGAAGCAGGAAGAGGCAGACAGAAGCGAAGCUUUGAGGAUCGCAAAGGAGAAGCAGGCUGAAGAGGAAAGGAAGGAGGCACAGAAAAGAGAAGCUUUGAGGAUCGCAGAGGAGAAGGAGGCAGAAGAGAAAAGGCAAGAGGCACAGAGAAGAGAAGCUUUGAGGAUCGCAGAGGAGAAGAAGGCAGAAGAGAAAAGGCAAGAGGCACAGAGAAGAGAAGCUUUGAGGAUCGCAGAGGAGAAGGAGGCAGAAGAGAAAAGGCAGGAGGAAGAAGCUUUGAGGAUCGCAAAGGAGAAGGAAGCAGAAGAGAAAAGGCAGGAGGAAGAAGCUUUGAGGAUCGCAAAAAAAGCAGAGGCCGAAGAAGAGGAGAAGCAGAAGGAAAAGAAGAAGAAUGCUGAAGUUUCCCUGCUUGAAAAAGGAAAGAAAGACAAGGAUGGAGAUUUGAUUGGAGAGGACAUGGUGCUGGCAACGACUUUGACCUUUCAACUGGAGGAGGCUUUGGCAAAGAUGCCAAAGACAAAAGAAAACAAUCAGUUCAAAAUUGAGGUUGGCAAGUUUUUGACCGAGAAAAUUGCCGCUGCGACUUCUGAAGUUCCACGAGUGAAUACACCCGCAGAGGUAGAGGAGCUUGAAGCAGCUUCCAGUGGCGAGGAAGGUAACCGCCCUUCGAUGAAGGGUACUUUCAAGGACAGGGAGCCGCUGAAACCGACACUUCCUGACCUCAAGCAUCCAGAAACACAAGUGGAUCAAGAUCAGCUGGACCAACUCUUGCAGGAACAAAGGGCAGCCAGGGCAAAGAAUAAGAGAAGACUUGCAGAGGAGGCAGCUAAGCCAAAGAAGCGGGGCAGACCCCCAAAAGCUGACAAAAAGGACCCCAGCAAAAAGGCAGAAGGUGAACAUGAAGGCGGUGAUGAAGCUGAUUUCUCUAUGGAGGAAGAGCUUGAGAAGAAAGACCAGGCCAUGAAGACAGAACGCGAGUUAGACGACAAUGAUCAUGAUGAAAAGCCCCGUACAGGCCGAGGGAAGGGGAAUGGUAAAGGCCGUCGUUUGCGCACAAGGAAGGUUGUGAAGGAAAGGACAGCUGCAUCAAAGACAUCGCCGAAGAAGAAGGAUCCCGAAGAACGUGAAAAAAACAAGGAGAGUUCACACAUGCAUGCAGUGCGUUUACAUGAUUGUGCACAUGUGCGCCAACUUCAUUUACUUGCCAGGACUCUACACCUCAGCCCCCCGAGGUUGAGCGGCUCCUUCUACCUCACCAAUGUGGCGAACUUGAACUUGGACAAGUGCAAUGAAAAGUUUGGCAAAACAUUUCAGGUGUGGGCAGAGUUCGUUGAGGGGCCCCAUGAUAUCCUCAGCAUAUCGAUGUGGUGCCUAGCGCUCUGCUAUGCCAACUGGACCAACUACGAUGAAUGUAAGCUGCCCACCGCUGACUUGGUGAACUACGAUGUCUUUUCAGGAGCCGGAGCUAUUCACAAAACCUUUGGUUCGGGCCCCGAUCAAUCCAAGGACCUAUCACACUUGAUUGUGAGUAGGAGAGGCUUCUACAACGCCGUCCUGGGAGUUCUGAGAGUUCGUGCAGACGGGCUCUUGACUCUAGGACUGGUGGACCUGGACUUAAGUCGACACAAGUCUAUCCUGCUGGUUUUGCCAAAAGGUGCACGAAAGAAAACUCGCAAAGUGAUUGUGAAGAAGGUCAAAAAGAAGGAAGGUGGCGAGAAACAGAAGGAGGAAGACCACAAGCAGACAGCCUUUAAGAAAAGCCAAACAGCUGACAGUGAUGCCACCUUGCCCUUCGAGGUUUUUCCCAGUGGAGGUGAUUCCCAGUGGAGACAGGAGGCUGAAGAUCAAUGGGAAAAUUGGCGCUGGCCACCAGUGGGGUGGAAACCAUCGAAAGGGCAGAAUGCCUACCAUGAUGAGUCCUCUAGCUACUACAGGUUCAACACCUAUGACUGGGACGAGUACAACAAACGCAUACGGUUUCAGCUGGCGCAUGGUGAUGGUGACCCAACUACUUCUCCUGGCUCUAGAACUGCUUCUGAAACACCGUCUACAUCCCUCGAUCGGAAGUCAAGCCUUCUGAGUGACGCGUCAACUAUUGGACCUAGUGCAAGCUUGUUGGCUGCCCAACUUGCAAGAAGCACGACUGGGGACAUGUCCCUCUUAGAAAAGUUUGACCAAGUAGCAGCAGAGGAGAGUCCAGAAAAUGUGAUGAAGAUCGCUUUACAGGAGAAAGCAAGAGCAGAAGAAAUGAUGAAAAAAGCAGAAGAACUUGUGCAAAAGGCAAAUGCAGCUACGGUGAAAAAGAUGGACGAGAAGAAUGAAAGCAAUGCAGCAGGAGAAACACAUGCAGCAGCUCACAAGAUUGAGGAGGAAGAACAUAGGAAGACGAUGCAAGAAGCAGAGAAACAUGAGGCUUUGAGGAUCGCAGCAAAGGAGCAAAAGAAAGCUGACAUAGAGAAGAACAUGGCAGAGAAGCAGGCAGAAGCUUCCAGGAUUGAGAAGAAGACGCAUGAUGCAGAGAAAGCUGAAACUUUGAGGAUUGCAGAGGAGGAGAAGAAAAAGCAGGAUGCAGAGAAGGAAGCGGCAGAGAAGCAGGCAGUAGCUUUAAGGCUUGAGGACGAGAAGAAGAAGCAGGAUGCAGAGAAGGAAGCGGCAGAGAAGCAGGCAGAAGCUUUAAGGCUUGAGGAGAAGAAGCAGGAUGCAGAGAAAGCUGAAACUUUGAGGAUUGCAGAGGAGGAGAAGAAAAAGCAGGAUGCAGAGAAGGAAGCGGCAGAGAAGCAGGCAGUAGCUUUAAGGCUUGAGGACGAGAAGAAGAAGCAGGAUGCAGAGAAGGAAGCGGCAGAGAAGCAGGCAGAAGCUUUAAGGCUUGAGGAGAAGAAGCAGGAUGCAGAGAAAAAGGAAGCUUUGAGGAUCGCAGCAGAGGAGCGAAGGAAGGUCGCAGAGAAGCAAGCAGCUUUGAAGAAACAGGCAGAAGCUUCCAGGCUUGAGGAAGAGAAGAAGACGCAGGAUGCAGAGAAAGCUGAAACUUUGAGGAUUGCAGAGGAGGAGAAGAAAAAGCAGGAUGCAGAGAAGGAAGCGGCAGAGAAGCAGGCAGUAGCUUUAAGGCUUGAGGAGGAGAAGAAGAAGCAGGAUGCAGAGAAGGAAGCGGCAGAGACACAGGCAGAAGCUUUAAGGCUUGAGGACGAGAAGAAGAAGCAGGAUGCAGAGAAGGAAGCGGCAGAGAAGCAGGCAGAAGCUUUAAGGCUUGAGGACGAGAAGAAGAAGGAGGAUGCAGAGAAGGAAGUGGCAGAGAAGCAGGCAGAAGCUUUAAGGCUUGAGAAGGAGAAGAAGCAGGAUGCAGAGAAGGCAGCAGCAGAGAAGCAGGCAGAAGCUUUAAGGCUUGAGAAGGAGAAGAAGGAGGCCGAAGCAGUGAAGGAAGCGGCAGAGAAGCAGGCAGAAGCUUUAAGGCUUGAGGAGGAGAAGAAGAAGGCCGAAGCGGAGAAAUCUGAAGCUUUGAGGAUUGCAGCAAACAAGGCAAAACCUGAUGCAAAGGAUGAAGACAAGACAGCAAAAGGGCAGAAGAAAUCAACAAAGAAGGAGGCUGAUGAAAUAAUGGCACAAGCAAAAGAUAUGAUUGCAAAGGCCGAGGCAAUGAUGAAGGAUGCACAGCAGCAAAGCCAGAGCCCAGCAGAGAAGACAGAGGAAGCAGGGAACGGCCAAACGGUUGAUGAUGAAGAAGCAGCAAAGCAAAAAGAAGCUGAGGAGCGCAAAGCAGCUGCACGAGCCAGGUACAUGAGCACAAGUUUGAACGCUGUGCUGUUUGACGCUUGGUGCCAAUGCGAAGAGGGGAAUUGGGCUCAGAGCAAAUUCUACAUGGACAUUCGCACCCGUCACACACAGAAGAGGAAAGGCAUUCGAAGAUGGCUUCUUCCCCAUGAGAUGGAUGAAAGGUUUACACCGGCAGUUGCGCAAGCUAUGAGGGAACACAAAGGUACAAAAGAAGAGUUGUGGGAGAAAGAAACUCGUUUCCAUCCCGAACUUCCCCAGAAGGAGGAGUUCCGCCAAUUUCUUUGCCUUUGCGAAGAUGCUGAAGAAACUGAGGUCUCAGAGGAAAUUGACAGGCUGUAUCGGGCCAUAGAUCAGGAUUCCUCCUCAAGCUCUGAGUCUUCACAUCGUCGCAAGAAAAGCAAACGGGAAACCCAGCCGCAGAAGCCCGAGCCAAAGGAGAAAAAGGCCAAGAAAGAAGUGAAGAAGGACAAGAAGAAGUCCAAGAAGGAGGAGAAGGAGAAGAAAGAAAAAGAAAAACCAUCUGAGGAUCCGAAUGCGAAUGCUGAGAAGAAAUUGAUCAAGGCAGUUUCGGAUGCGAGCAGCAAGUUGAAAUGGGCAAUUGGUUUGCAAUCGAGCGACAAGUACAAGGAGUCGGUCAGGCAAGACUAUGAUGAGAAGAAGUCCAAGAGAGGCAUCAACCGGUACUUCGGUCUGAGCGAGCGUGCCUCCAGACACUUGAUCUUUGCCAGCAUGAAGACACGAUUCCAAGCGUUGGAGAUGGAGCGUGCUGGACGUGCCUACUUGGUUUCUUACAGGCAUUUGCUCACCUCCUCCAUGACCUCCCACUUCGGAUGGAGAAUCCGCGAUUUACCCAUACCUUUACUGAUGAGGAUGGAAUGA